GCGUUGGCAAGUUUCACCACUACAGUCUUUUCUCUCCUGGCAUAGACAGUCGCAAUGUUCAGACCUGCAUUGCGAAUUGCGACAAGUGCACGCACAGUGCCAAAGGCGCAACGAUACAUCGGGAGGCGAUUCGCAAGUACGGGAGCUUCAAAACCGAGCAGCUGGAAAGGAGCGGCCCUUCGAUGGACUGCGGCCGGUGCUGUGGUGUAUUACUACAACACAUCCAGCGUAUUUGCGGAAGAGCCACAAUAUGCUGUUCACGCUGCGCCUGAAACGUCUGCGGAACGAGAGACGCAACUGAGCAUCGACACGUUAGCGCAACAACGACGAGCACAGGCACGACAUGAUAUUCCAUCAUCUCGAAUCCAGACGAGCGACAAACAGACGACUGAGCAGCAAUCCACAGUAGCUGCAGCAGACGGAGAGAGCGCAGAGGCAGGAGGACCACAGGGCCUUGAAGAAGAGGCGGAACAGCAAGGCGCUUUCAAUGAAGAGACUGGCGAAAUCAAUUGGGACUGCCCCUGUCUAGGAGGCAUGGCACAUGGUCCCUGUGGCGAACAGUUCCGAGCUGCAUUUAGCUGCUUUGUCUACUCGAAGGAGGAGCCGAAAGGAGUGGAGUGUAUCGAACAUUUUAAAACGAUGCAAAACUGCUUCCGAGAGCACCCAGAAAUCUAUGGCGCAGAGCUGGAUGAUGACGAAGUCGCCGAGGUGCAGGCUGAGGAGGACAGAGCGCAGGCCUCGCUCGCGCAGUCAAGCGAUGCGCAAGCAGGAACAGCGUCAGCGGAAAGUAGCAAAAUUGGAGCUGCUAGUGAGGUGCAGUCGAGCAGACCGCCGGCCGAGCGGACUGCUGAAGAGGGUAGUGAGUUGGUGCCCAGAGCUGCUCAUGAUGCUCGGUAGACGAAGACGAUGUACAGAUGUGAGUACGCGCAUAAAGGGCGUCUGCAGGCGCUGUAAUGGUAGCAUGGAUAGAUGUAUCAUAGCUGUACAAACAGAACGUUCGAGUCGC